AUGAGCUUCACUGUCAUCAUCUGUCCUGGGGCCUGGCCUCUGGUUUCUUUCUUUGAGCCACUUAUCCAAGCCUUCAAGGACCGAGGGCAUCCAGUCAUUUGCAAAGUUCGAGAUUCCUACCCAACGUUCGACCCCAUGAAUCCACCUGCCUUGAACCCGGAUAGCGAAUAUCUCCACACAGAGGUUCUAGGACCCGCUAUCGAAAGUGAUGCUGAUGUUGUGGUUUUCAUGCAUUCGUAUGGCGGCGUGUAUGGAGCUGAAGCGCUCAAGGGCCUAAGUAAGCAAGAAAGAGCGGCGAAAGGCCUGGUGGGUGGCGUCAUUGCUGCUAUUCUGACCUGUGCUUUCGUGGCCCCCAAGGGAAAUACGGCCCUUGAUUGUAUGGGUAUCUCGGCCGAUAGUCUUCCCGAGUGGACUGAACACGAAGAAUCGACAGGUCUAGUAGGCAUGAGCAAGGCAUAUGCCAAGCAGAUCCUCUUCAACGAUCUCCCCGAGGAAGAAGGGGAAAGACUGGCUAAUCUGCUUCCCAAACAAUCUAUCACCUGCUUCACCACGCCAGUGCAUUGGGACCCGUAUCAAGACCGUAACUUCAAGGGGAAACUUGGCUUCAUCUACACCGGGGCCGAUCGGAUUUUCUCUAUUGAGGCCCAGCGGCAGGCUGUUUCCAAGGCAGGAAUCAAGCACACAUAUAUUUUGGAAAGCUCAUCGCACUCCCCUCAUCUGGAACAGCCUGACCACUUGGCGGGCCUGGUUAUUGAUAUGGUACGAGGCAUUACAGGCAGCACGAAGAUCUAG